AUAAACAACAACACGUUUCCAAGGAAUAUCUUUUAACAGCAGUAGUGAUUCCUAGUGACUUAGUUUGUGUUUAGAUAUACUCUGUGCUAUGUUAAUUUUAACCUGCAUAUCAAUUGAAGUAUUGGUACUGUAUAAGUGAAGGACUGUUAAGAUUUCUUCUGCAUGAAAAAAGUUGUAUUUUGAACUUUAUUAGCAUGAGAGGAAGAUGAACAAGUGCAUAGCCAGUAAAGCAAAUAUGGAAGGACAAUCUCUUAAAUUCUCUGUUAUGUAUUCCUAUAGGAACAGUUAUGAGAGGGCACCCGGUAAAUACCCCUCCUCUCCUCCUUACCGUUAUAUGCCAGCGGGUUACAUACCAGUGCCGGGGCCCCCUUACACUUACCCAGUACCUGCCUUUAAUGUACGACCACCAACCUCAUAUUAUCAGGGUGCCCCAUCUAGUAACAUGAGUCCAUACCAUUCACCAGUGCCUCUUCAGUAUAACUCAGGACAUUAUUAUGGCAUGCCUGUGUCUCAGUCAUACACCAGAAGUGGAAUCACAGGGUCCUACUCAAAUCCACCAGCAGGAAGGAUGCCAUCUUAUCCCAUGCCUUACAUGACAAGGUCACCACCAGCUUUUCAACAUCCUGUGUCGAAUCAAGUGUAUCUUUCUCAGCCACAACAAUUAUAUGUUCAUCCUCCAACUUAUACCACAUCCAAACCUCCACAGAACUCACCAAAUACUUCUUUGCAUUCUUCAGUUCCAACACCUGAUUCAUUACCUGAAGAUUCAUUGAUUUGUUCUGUAGGGAGUGAUGAUGUACCAAAUGUAAACAUUGGUGAAGGACAAAUGCUGAUAAGGGGUUCCAUUGUUGCCUAUGAGAGUUUUGAAACAAAAGUUUUGCUAGACACUGGCAGUAGCAUAAAACUAACUGUUGAGAGAGACAUCAUAUAUGUGAACGGUAAGAAAAUUAACCCAUCGCAAAUCCUGAGUAAAGUAAUUCCUAAAAAGACUUCUUUAAAAGUUGUAUUCAGAGAAGUGGAGCCAGACAGUUCAGAUGAUAUGGUGAAUGAAAAGUACACUGCAGUAGUGGCAUGGUUUGGUGAUGUCCCUUCCAGUGUAGGGUUUGUUCCUUCUUUCUCACUAUUGUACAUGGAAGACAAUAAGGGAAGUAGUGAAGAAGACUUAUAUGGCUUGAAGAACUGUUCCAGUGAAUUAGACUUGACUAAUUGCAAACAAGGAAUAAUCUCUCACAUUAUUGGUUACGUGUGGUGGGCAGAUAAGGAGAGAGGAAUCUUACGUAUAUAUGAAUAUAAGGGUUGGGGGCCCAAGUUUAGUGGUAUUUUAUUCACCCCAAAUAAUUUACACUUUGAAGGUCAGAAGAUUGACUGUCAGGAGUUGCACCUACUCAUUGCUCACGUCAACAAGUGUGAAGUUUAUGCACGUAAGGUAAAGUCUAAGGUGGUAUUUGGAAUGAAGGUGCAAUGGGAAGCAGUACAUGUUGAGUGUGGUGAGCUUCCUCUAUCCCUCAAAUAUCGUGAAACAGGUGAUGACAGUGACAGUUCACAUUAUGAGUCCUUAUCAGAUUAUGCCAGUGACAGAGUUUCAGAUGAUGAGGAUAUUGAUCUUACCAAUAACACAUCAAAACCUGUAACAGAAAACAGUGAAGAGGAAGAAAAUCCAUGCAACUAUCCUCAAAAUGAGACAGGUGAUUGUAAGAAAGCUUCAAGAGAAUGCCUGUCAGAAGAGCUUCAAGACCUAUCUAUCAGUCAUUUUAAUGACGUGGAAUAUUCAGGAAGGCACCUUGCUGGAAACAUCGUGGAAUUGUGCUCAGAUGGAGAUGGCUUGGGUGUGGCUAAGUGGUUGAGUAUGGAGUAUGGUGAUGUCUUCAUUAAGUUCAAACAGGAGCGGAUGUACUUUGAUCGUGUUCCAUUAACUAAAAUGUGUCACAUACCUCCAUCAGUGUAUGUUAAGAGCUGUAAUCUUUACGUACUUCCGAUUGAAAGUGAGGAAUAUAAUGGGUACACCGUGAGGCUGCUCGCCACUUGUGGAUGGAUAUGUGCCAAGCCUAUGAUUAUUCCUCGUCCAGGAUCUCAGGCCAAUGCUAGAGUAUCCAUCACUCAUUUACGUUUGAAGAGUAAAAAGGUAAAGAACAAGUCCCCCCCAGGGCUGACAAAGACCAAAGGUAGUACUAAAUUGGGGCCAAAAAGUGUUUGUAGUGAUAGCAAAAAUAUCGGCUUAAUCAGUCCAAAUAUGCUAAACCAAGCUGUCGACACUGAAAAACAUUUACUUAAGCCAGAUGAUUUUAAAGUUUCUUGUGAUGUUACUAAGGGUGCUGACAACUCCAUCAACUCUACAUUAGAAAAAGGAAAGCCAAAGAAUAAUGGAACCUUAUCACUUGAUGUCUUCAUGUCCAACCACAGCAUCAGCUCCAUAUAUGAUAGUACUAUAGUGAGCACAGAUUUGUUGAGGAACACACUACCCAGUAACUGUUCCUCUGUGAGCAGUACCUCACCUGGCAGGACCAGUUUCUCUUACAGUAAUACUUCAUCUGAUAAGGGAUAUUCCUCAAUAGAUGAGACAAAUGAGCAAACCCUACAUACUGGUGAGGUGGUGGAAGUUCACAGCAACAUGGGGAAGCUCCUGGCAACAGAUGGCACUCAGCACUACUUCUACAGAGAUCAUUGCUUUUUGUAUGGCAUCAGUCUGCGGCAAGUGGAACUUUGGCACGUGCUCGUUCAUGGUCAGAUGAUUCAGUUCAGGCUUAGCAAGACCAGCACAAAUCGAGCUAAGGUGACAGAGGUAGUGAUUGGUUCACGCCAUGUAAAUAGCAAAGAGGAAAUUGCCUCACACAUAAAUGAUUGGUGCAAGAAUAAUGCUGUUCCCGAUGUUGCUCACAAUAUACUCGUAAAGCAGCUCAGGCAACUGUAAGAAAUAAAUUUAUUUUAUAAAUGAAUCAAAGGCGACCAUACAAAUGAUUCCUGACACACUGGAGUCAUAAGCUAAGGAAUUUAUGUUUUAUACUUAACUUACCAUGUUGUAAUUUACUAAUGAAACCGCUAAUGUAGUUACAUAUUAGUCUUAAGCCUUAACAUUUAUACGCACGUGUCUGAUGAUAACUACGUCACAAGUUAAUGUUUGUAAGAAAUGUUGUUCACAUCUAAGAGUUAUUAGUAUUUAAGACAUAUAUGUAUAAUAAUGGCACUUUGCAAUUAAGGUAUUUGGUAGUGUACAUACAUUAAUUAGCUACACGUUGCAUUUGAGGUGUAUGUAUACCAUACUAUACUUGCUAAGCCUAGUUAAGCACUUUUUAUGCAUUAGUCUUGUAGCAGCACUGAGGAAGGUUAUUUUUAGGGAUAAUUUUCCAAAUCGCUAAUAGUAUUUAGAAUUAUAGUUUUUGUUUCAGGGUACUAUAAAUAUAAAUUUUGCCUGUGAAAUUAUUAAAUGAUCUUGCAAUAUUUUAUUUGCAGUGCUUAGACAAGGAUUUUGUACAUAAAUAUCAAAUGUGGGUGUUUUUAGGUGCUUUUGAUUUCAUUUAGUUAGUAGAGAAUUGUAGGGUUAGUUUGAUUUUCUUAUCUGUAUACAGCAUAUACAAUGCGUACAGUAUUGAAUAAAACAGCUGUAACAAUGUAAUCAUAUGUAGGGCAUGCCACAGAAAAUAGUAUAGUAUACACUUAAUUUAUAUUUUUUACUACCUGACAAAUCUGAUACUGUACAUAUAAGAAAACAUGUUAGAUUAAAGCAUGUAAGACUAAAACAAUAAGAACAUUAGUAUUUUUAAGGAAAGAAUUUUGAUAUACUGUACAGUAUACUACAGUACUUUUGAUUUUGCUUAAAGUUAUACCUGC